AUGGAUCCGAACUCGCCCAUUACUCUGCGGACCCGCAAGUUCAUCAGCAACCGUCUGCUUCAGCGCAGGCAGAUGGUCCUUGAGGUGAUCCACCCCGCUCGUCCGAAUGUGUCGAGGUCCGAGCUCCAAGAAAAGGUGGGCGAGCUCUAUAAGACGCCCAAGGAGCAGGUCUCUGUAUUCGGCAUGCGCACGCACUUUGGUGGCGGCCGCUCGACGGGCUUUGCUCUCGUGUACGACAGCAAGGAUGCCGUGCAGCGCUUCGAGCCUACCUACCGCCUCGUCCGCAACGGUAUUGUCCCCAAGGUCGAGAAGCCAUCGCGCAAGCUUCGGAAGGAGCGUAAGAACCGUGGCAAGAAGGUCCGCGGUACCAAGAAGGCCGGUGGCGACAAGAAGAAGUAA